AUGGGAAGUAACGAUGCAGAAAGAAGGCCACAAAGCAAAGGGCUUGGCAAGUUUCUUAAGGAGCAAAGAGGACGGGUUUACAUCAUCAAGAGAUGUGUGGUGAUGCUGCUUUGUUGGCAUGACUAA